CUCUGGCGCUCGGCGCCCCUCGCUCUCGUCGACAGCCACCUGCUCCCGGGCGGCGGCGCGCGCGGGCAGCUCGUCAUCGGCGCCCCCUCUCCCCGCGCCGUCACCGCCACGGUGUCCCGCGUCCUCGCGGGGCACCAGGGCCCCUUCCGCUGCGUCCACCUCACCCGCACCACCAUGGAGGAGCACCGGGGCGAGAUUGUGCGCUGGCUCGACAUCCUCGCUGCCAAGGGGGUCCAAGACCUAGUCUUUGUCAACCGCCCCUGGCCGAUAGACCUGCGCCUCCCCGCCACGCUCUUCAGCUGCGCUCCCCUCACCCGCCUCUACCUCGGCGUCUGGAGGCUCCCGGAGACCGCCGCCGUACCGCGCGGCGCCAGAUUCCCCAAUCUCAGGGAGCUCGGCCUGUGCUUGUAUGCCAUGGAGGACCGUGAUCUGGCAUCCAUGCUUGAAAGAUCCUCGUCUUGAUGGCAAGCCAUAGCGGAGUGCGCCUCCGCCUCGUCAGCCAGAGCAUGCGGUGCGUUCAGCUGGGCUUCACCUACUUGGAGUACAUCGACGUGGUGGAUGCACCUCGCCUGGAGAGGAUCUUCCAGUGGGAGAUCACUACCCACAGCCUCUGCGCCAAGAAGCACUCUUCCAGGAUCAAGAUUGGACGUGCACCUAACCUGCGUAUGCUGGGAUACCUUCUGCCAGGAGAGCAAGAUUUGGGGAUUACCAACACCGUCAUCGUGGCUGGGAGCAAGGAGAACAUUGUCCCUAGUGUCCAGAUUUUGGCCAUAGAGUUGCACUUUGGUGUCCGGGGUGCUGUCAAGAAAGUAUCUGGUUUUCUCAGAGGCUUCCCUAACCUGGACACGCUCCAUGUCCAGUCCGUCCGCGUAUCUGAAAAGUCCACCGGCAAGGUCAAUCUCAAGUUCUGGCAGGAGGGCGGCCCCAUCAAAUGUGUCGUGGAGGGCAUGAAGAAGGUGUUCCACUUCUACGAGUUCCGAGGGUCAAAAAGCGAGGUUGCUUUCCUCAAGUUUAUCGCGGAGAGAGGUCGUGUGCUGGAGCAGAUGGUGGUUGUGGUGGCCAUUGAGUGUUUCUCCUCAGGGGAUAAUGUGAAUGCCAAGCUGAAGCCUCUGGCCAGUGCGAAAUGGACGAGCAAAACUUGCAAACUACAGCUCUUCAAGACCCCGCUCACUGCUGGGGGAGGUCCUGCUUACAGCCACCCGCUAGCUUCUGAUUUUGGAUGUGCUGACCCUUUUGACCUCAAGUACUACGACAAAGCAGAAAGGAUCUCUGUAAGUUAAUUAGUAGCAUCAUGAUGAGCCUCUUGUGUUGCAACAGUACAGGUACCUAGCUAGACUUUGUGUUGCAUGACUACUCGACAUGAAUUUCUCCUGGCAAGCUGUGGCAUGCUUUCUGCAUGAUGAGGUUGUUUGUACCAGAAUUCUGGAAUUCUUAUGUGGCUGGAUGCUGGUGGGA